UUCGAAGAGGAGACGUCGGAUCCAUCGCCGGGGAUAGUAUCCUGGAACGGUCCAUCUCCCGCAAUCAUAUGAGAUCUGUAUCGCGCGCUAGUGGCGGCACGCGGGUCACUCAGAUGAGCGAUAGUGAACGUGAGGAUCUCGAAAGCAAAUUGGCAUCGGUACGAGAUGAGCUAUCCCAGCUCAAGCUUUUGAAUAAGGAGCUUGACGAUCAACUUGUUGGACAUCUCGAUAUGCUCGAAACUGCAGAGAACAAGGUCAGGGAGUGCGAGACAGAGCUCGAAGCACAGUCGGAGGAUAUACAGGCCCUUGCUGCGGAGCGUAACGAAGCGUUGGAGUUACUGCAAGACAAAGAGCAGGAAUGCGAAGAGCUCAGAGCAGAAGCACUUGACACUGUCCAGAGACUCGAGACUGAACUUGAGCAGAUGCAACAAGAUCGGGACCGUAUAGCGACCGACCUUGAGCACUCUAUCGAAGACUUCAAUGCCCUGCAACAAGAGAUGAAAAACGUAAGCGAGAGCCUGGUUCAGCUUGAAGACGACCAGAAUGCAAGCAUGCACAAGAUCGAAAACCUCGAGUCUGAGCUGCGAGACGCGACUGAAGAGUUGGGUAGACAAGAUAAGAUGCUCAGUGAUGAGAGAUCGAAGAACGAGAAGCUAGAUAUACAACUCGAAUCUUGUCAAGGAGAGGUCGACUUCCUGCGAGAGGAACAGGAGGGCGACAAGAUCAAGAUCGGCGAGUUGGAGUCAGAUCUCGAGAAUGCGCAGAUCAACAUACAACACGAGAAGGAACGACUCCGAGAUCUUGAGGAACGUUUUGCGGAAGAACGACAGCAACGUGACGCUUUGGAAAGCCAUGGGAAACAAGAGGUCGAGAAGGUCAUGGCUGAUCUCAAUGCGCAACUGGCCAGACUCAAGGAAGAAAGCAGGAAGCUGCGAAAGAACCUAUCUAGCAAGGAGGUGGAGGCGAACAACUGGAAACGCCAGCAUGACGAGUUUGAGACGAGCCUUCGUGAUGCCCUUGGCAACAGCAAUGGCACCAAGCCUGGUUUGCUCAAGGAUAUCACAAGGUUGCAGCGAGACCUCGACGCCACCAUUCAGGAACUUCACUUCACAAAGAACGACCUCACUGAAAAGGAACAGCUACUUCGCAACCGCGAUACUCUGCUCGAGAGCACAGGAUUGCAAGUUCGUCAAAGUACAGAAGCUCUCGAGCGUGAACGCCAAUUGCGGCGACAAGAGGCGGCGACAUUCGAGAACGCCAAACGUGGCCAUCAGUCCGUGACCAGGACCAUACAGCAGCAUGAAACUAGAGUUCUCGAAUUGGAGUCUCUCCGCAGUCAGGAUCGUCAAAAGCUGCACAACCUCGAGAAGCAAUACAAAGAGCAGCUGCUCGAGCGCAACAACUUGCUGUAUGCUCUCUGGAAUCGACUGUCGACUUUGUGCGGUGCGGAAUGGUGUCGAAGCUAUGCCCUUGUUAAUGGCGAGUUGACAUCCAUGGAGCUCAUCUCUAGGAAUAUCAAGGGCUUCAACAACAACAUGGUCCUUGCAGUCAAGACUGUGGAAGGCAUCAUCGGUGGGUUCAGACAAAGGAUACGGGCUACCGAAAAGGAUCUUGUCCGUGACUACCAGACCCUAGAGCAUACACUGGAUGGUCGCAUUAAGCGCCUCGAACAGCUGGAGAAGGCAGUCUUGGCGCAGAGGCAGUCCAUUGGCAGACCAAGCACAGUACGUGGUGGGAUGGUUGACAUUAACUCCCCAGAAAUUACCAAACUACGCAACGAGAACAAGAACCUUCGAACAGAGGUGCAGACACUACGAGCCAUUACCUCAACUGCCCAGGCCGGCGACAACUUGGUAGUCAACAAGAACCCAUCUCGCACUGGCUCGCCCACCUCAUCCAAACGUGCGAGCAUGGCUCACACCUUGCUUCGAGCGCACUCCACCUCUGUUGUGGAGCAUCUUCAACAACAGCAGCAGCAGACCCAAAGCGGGAGUCGGUCGCCAGGACACCCAUACCCUGAGUCUUCACCACUACAGCCUAGUGAGCAGAAGUGGAUACAUAGGCUCAAGGAGCUGGAGCGCCGACUCAAGGCUGAACGCGAGGCCCGACUCCUGGAUCGCAGUGGAGCGCGCAAGAGGUUGGAGCAAAAGGUGGAAGAAAACGCGGACCUGAGAGCGAUGCUUGAGAAGGAGCGUGAGCGAUUGGCGGCUGAAGGACUCAGUGUGCAGAGGAGUAUGAGUAUCGAUGCACGGAGCAGGGAUAGGAGUGGGAGAACCAGUGUGUUGAGCAGACAGAACACUCCGGAUCAGCAGCGGGAGAGGGAUGAGGACAUGUAUUAGCGUCCUGACGAGUUUUUUACGCAUUGUUCAUAAUAUCAUGUAUUAACAGCAUAUGGCUACGUCCACCAGCGUUAGGGUGUCUAGGGUAG